CAGAACAAGUUAAUAAUUUCAUGUUUUUCUUAAAUUUCUUUUUUAAUAUUAAUAACAUUAAUAACGUUAUAAGUGAAAAUGAAAAUCGUUCUAUCUAAUAUUAUAAUCCCCCUUCUCGGAAUCACCCUAUUUGCAACCUGUUCGGCAGAUUUUACUACCGAAGAUUGUGCAUCACUGGGAUUUAUAAAAGCGAAUUUGCUGUGUUCUUCGUGUAACCAGCUUAAAGAAUUCGGACUAGAUGAGCUAGUCGAUCACUGUAAGCAAUGCUGCCACAAUGACGACUCCGCGCCCAAGGAAAAGAAAUAUGCUCGCGCUAUACUAGAAGUGUGCACCUGCAAGUUCCCGGCGUAUCCACAAAUUCAAGCUUUUGUUAAAAGUGACCGACCAGCUAAGUUCCCUAAUCUACAAAUCAAGUACGUCAGGGGCUUGGAUCCAAUUAUUAAACUACUCGACAAGGAUGGAAUCGUCAAAGAUACAGUUGCGAUCGAGAAAUGGAAUACGGAUUCUGUGGAGGAGUUUUUGAACACUCAUCUCGAAAAGGAGGAAGAUGAUGACCGUAGCUAUUUAAAGACUAACCAAAUUUAAAUAAUACAAAAUGUAAUUUUUGAUAAUAAAUUAAUAUUAUGAAGUUAUAAUACUUGGACUUUUAAUACUGCAAGUUUACUUACAAGAGAUUUGUGGCAAUCCGCACAUGCGAAGCACCGUUUGUGCCAUG